AUGUUCUCUCGCCUGUUCUUCAAUGCGGCCGCGCUUGCAGCGCUGACUGCCGCAGCGCCCGGCCUCCGAGGUCUGACGAACACGAGCAACACGACCGUGACACAGCGCUCUGCAAAUGGCUGCGACUGCUCCUGGAUUGCCAACGAUGACUGCAUCAACCAGGACCCGUGCGCGGUCUCCUGCCGCCAGUCGCACGGGUCGCCUUGCUCCGUUGGGGCUGCCGGUGGUACUCAAAGCGCUGCAGCAUGCCAGGCAACUUGUGAUUCCAGCUUUGGCAGUUGCAACCGCUGGUGCCACAUUCCACCUGGUGGAGGACCAUACUACAACGAUGCAGAGGAGCAAGCUUUGAAGGGCGAAAUCAUGCAGUGUGAGGGUAGAUGCACCGUGACGCGCGGCACAUGCUACCAGAGCUGCUAG